AUGCCGCCUCAGCUUCUCCGAUUGUACCCGGUCUUCUUGGCGUCCAGUGCUCUUGGUGGACUUGCCUUGUGCCUUUGGACGGACGCGACCGAACUCGAGAGUCGGAAGCUGUACAGCGACAUGUCGAUCAAGUACCUGCUGAACAGCGUCCCACAGACGCUGGCAGCUUUGCUCUUGCUGUACUAUGCCUGCACGUUUUCACGAUCCUCUAGCGCAUUCACCCAUCGCAUGAUGGUGCAUUCAUGCCUCCACCAGAGCGUGAAUGGUCUCAUGCUCGCUUCACUCAUGUUUUCUGCCUUCCAAGCGUCACUCAGCUUGUGCUGCACGUUUCCAGCCAUGUGCCCCGUGGACCCAACUGCCUGCCAGCUCAGUCGAAUUGUGGCGUGUCCAGCAUCCGUAGCACACCUCAGAAACUAUAACCUGUGCAUGCGGGCGAUCCACAGCUGUGCAACCAUCACGGUGCUGUUUGCUUUGUCCAGUAUUGAAGCAGCACAAACCGUCAAGGGUCUGAAGGCACAACAACGACGCGCCAAGUUGGUCACCUUCUCCCGUCACGAACCAGUCCACGAAGCUUCAGCUGCGAUUGAGAUGUAA